AUGAUACGCGCCAAUGGAGUCAUCGGCUUUCAGCUGGCCACCAGGUUCUUAAAGGAAGGCUACAAAGUCUUUGGAACAUACCGCCCACGGACAAAAGACGAUGUCUCGGUUGCUGAGGUGAGGUGGGGCCGCCCUCAAGCGAUGAUCCUGACACUGAGACAGCUCGAGGGAACCGGGGUGCAAAGCAUCGAGCUGGUUUAUGCCAAUGAAGAGUCCAUCAACGCCGCUGCCAAGGGGUUUGCUGGUGAGAAGCUGGACAUUCUCAUCAAUUGCGGAGCCAUAUACAACACCUAG